GAAAUACUGAUCGUCCCCAGCAGCUCUGCCACUACGUAAAUCAGCCUCGAGCCAAAUCCAACCUCUUCAUUCCUUCGAAUGAGAAACCAAUUCGUUUCUUUCUCAAUAUGGUGAUUCAUUCUCCAUUCCACACGUGUCAGUGAGGCUGGAGUACAGAGUUUUCUUCACCUUCUGCUCUUUUUGCUUUUUGCGAGCUUCAUGCCUGGCCAGCACCGGUCCACAGGCGAUUUGAUACUUGCUAAUAAAAAGAGUCGUGGAAUGGAUCUUUAAUUCCAAGGAAUUGUUCUGCUUUCUCAUGGUCUUUGGAUCGUCAUGUCAUGGACGGAAAAGGCAUCUGGCCGUCGAGUGAAAGGACCAGCCAGGGCUUGGCUGUAGAGGAGAGCAAGGUAGCGGAUUCACCGCAGGGGCUUAACAAAACUGACUAUCGAGAGGAAGAAGAUGACGACGACGACGAUAACGACGACGACGAUGAUGAUGCGUCUGAUACAGCAUCAAUAAAAUCAACCAAAUCAUUCGAAGCGCAGAAUAUCCAUGUCACUAUCCAACAUGGCCGCAGAUACUGCGAUGACUUCUACUUCAUGCCCAACGACGAGACCGAAAGUACCCGUCUGAACAUCAUCCACCAGAUCUACCUCAUCCUCCUCGACGGCAAGCUUACCGCCGCGCCCCUGGCCAAAGACGCACCACGAAUCCUCGACAUCGGCACCGGCCCCGGCGACUGGGCUCUCGAAAUGAGCAGCCUAUACCCGAGAGCUACCAUAAUCGCAACAGAUAUCAGUAUCUUCGAUACCGGACUUGCACACAUCGACCUCCCCAACGUAUUCUUCCAGCUCGACGAUGCUCGCGAGGGGUGGACGUACCACGAGCCCUUUGACCUGAUCCAUAUGCGUGGUCUUUCGGGCGCGUUCAACGACUGGCCUGUCAUGUAUCGACAGGCAUUCGAACAUCUCAACCCGGGCGGGUACAUUGAGAUCGCGGAUUCGGACCCAGCAGGCGACUCCGUGACGUUUCCGAAUUCAGAGAGCUCGUACUUUCAUAUCUACACGGGUGCCAUGCGCUCCGCUGCCGAGGCAUUGGGAUGCCCACGCGAUCUUAACCAUCUGAAACCCAACAUGCUCUCCGCUGCGGGAUUCGUGGACGUCCGUGUCUUCGAACGCACCGUCCCCAUCGGGUUAUGGCCGCAGGACCUGCACGAGAAAACCCUGGGGAAGAUGACAUUGAUCGCUGUGCUUGAGGGUCUGGAAGCGUAUGGUCUGCGGCCGCUUACGGCUACUGGAUGGAUGGCAGAUGCAGUCAUGGAUCUAUGCGAAAAAGCAAAAAUGGAGAUCAUGAGCGCGGAUCGGAUGACUGCGCGCGUGAAAUUUAUGACUGGGAGGAAACCGAUUUCGAGGAUUCAGAUGAAGGAAAUGAGGCAGAGGGAGGUGCUUGCUAAGGCCUUGCGGAAGGUUGAGGAGUGAUACCAUUGUAAUUACCGGAUGCCUGGGUCUGAAUGAGAAGAUUGUAAUUAACUGCCUUGUACUAUUGUAGACUCAAUAACUGCACGAGAAUGACGAUUAUCUACAAACAAAUAGGUAUAAACCACUUUUUUCUAAGCAAACUCCGUCCGAAUCCCAUAAUGCAGAAACACGACUCAUGCAACAAGUAUAGAGUAAACAAAGAUUACAGCUGAAACUUGGUCCUCUCUUUCUCCAUUCCACCCUUCCAUUGCCAUUCCUGUCCGCUGGCCUUAUGAAUCCCCUUAUCGACACGACGGAGCUUAAGUGUGAAUCGCGGCCCAAGUUCCUGCAAGCCAGCACGGAUACCCUCUGCGCCCUGCAUUUCUUUACCGUCCGCCCCGACU